GGAAAAAAAACUUCUAAAGCGAACUCGAAAACUCGAAGCAACGGAGGUAAGAAGUGUUUCUAAGUCUAGGGCAGCAUCGUUUGACACGAGACGAUCUAGCCGCGAUUGUGGGCGUCAUCUAUGAUCCGGGGGAAGCCGCUCUAGCAGCGAAGCCUCCGGAGGUUGUCGCUCACCGGCGCCGAGGAUGGCGCUGCUCCCCUUUGCCUUCGAGGAGUCGGUCUUCGAAGAGGAAACCGAAGAGGAAACGUCCAGGGCUGGCGGCCCCCUCACUUCCCCCUACAGCGCCCGGUGCUGCGAGCCCGAGUGGUUUUGUGAACAGGUAGACUGCCAGGAUGAUCUUGAAAGGAUCAACAUAAAAAAGUUCAGAGGAGAUCUGGCCUACAAGCAACAAGAAUUUCAGAAGGCUCUUCAGGAAUAUUCCAGUUGUCUUGCCCUUGUACCUUCCAGUAAUAUUGCCAUGAGAAGAGAUUUAAAAGAGAGCCAGGCCCGCUGUUUAGCGCAUCUGGGGAAACAUGAGGAAGCCCUGAGAAUUGCAGAAAACCUGAGAAACGGGGCAACGAAUACCGACCAUGUAACAGCCGUACUUAAUCUGCUCUAUGCCAUUUAUCGCCUUCUGGAGGAUAUUGAGAACGUCAUCGGGUGCUUGCAGAAACUGAUCUCGUUGCACCCGUUUCAUCCGCAAACGUGGAAUUUGCUGGCUGAAACUUACACGGGUUUGUUGCAAUUUCCAGUCCCCUUGUCUGCAACCAAAGCCCAUCUGUGGCAAAGCCAUGGCUUAAUUGCAGGCGGCUGCCUUCGGGUAUCAUCCAAAGAGGUCAGCUUUGGGUGUCAUCAGACAAACAGCCAGAGGAAGGAUGUUCCUUCGUGGUGGACCGUCCGCACCAAUGGCAGCUUUGGAUCAUGUGUGGAAUCCCAAAGCGUGCAGAAGCCUGUCUGUACCCCGGAAAAUUCAGGGCCAGGACCCACAACAAAGAGAGCUUCCUUAGGGGAGCGAAGAUGGAAAGAUAUUUGUGUCUAUGCGUGUGCUUCCUUUGUUAGAGCCAGGCUUUUAUUUCAGCUUACGCAGUUGACUCAAUCUUCUUUUGCUCUAGAGAAUAAUCUGAAAAUGCAACGGGAAAUUGAAGACAAAAUUAGAUGUUUUGAAUUGGGGGCAGAUAUUUUGUCCUUGAUGACUGAGGUUAUGGGAGAAGAUCUUGUCCCGGAAAAGCUAAAAGGAGAAGCUCAGGAAGAGGUCAAAUGUUUCUCUGCCGAAGCCUUGCCACCCAUCCUGACUGCAUCCACCGUGGAGUUUGAAAGAAAAUGGUUCCAGAAGCUGCAAGGCGGCUUUCCUCACAGGGACUGUCCGACGUAACGCCAUGUGGCUGCGCUGAAGCACUUCUUCGGUUUUUCGGUUCUGUUUAUCCUAUCUGUAUUUUAACAGAGUUGGAAGGGACCUUGGAGGUCUUCUAGUCCAACCCCCCUGCUCAAGCAGGAGACUCUGUGUCAUUUCAGACAAAGGAUUUAGCUUGCCAAGAGAACAUGUGAACAGGAAUGGAGCCUUUCAUUGUAGCUCAUGCAGUUCACACUCUGGAGUGGUGUUUUUUUUUUCCAUUGAAAAGGAUGACCCACUUCAUUUGAAAUUCACCUUAACAUCUGGCCCUUCUUAUACCUGUUUUUGCCAGCUGUGGUGCCCUCACUGUUUCUUCAUGGACCUUGACCAACCUCCCUCCCCAUCUUUUAAUUAAGGCUUAGUAAUUGGAUCGUGACUGUAUUUUCUUCACGUCUUUUAGGUUUUGUAUGGUUUUUAUCUUUUUCAGAUUGCAAGCCGCUCAGAGUUACCCUGUGGGUAACAUGGGCAGCCAAUAAAUUUUACAAAUAAGUAAAUAAAUGCAUCAAAAUUUCUGGGGGAGUAUAUCGGGGGUGAAAUCUAAAAAUUUUCCCUACCGGUUCUGUGGACGUGGCUUUAAUUGGUGGGUGUGGCUUGGUGGUCAGGUGACUGAAUGGGCAUGGCCAAUAAUAAUAAAUAAUAAAAAUAAUAAAGUAUACAAAACUUGGGAGCGCACCAGUCUACCUUUUUUAAAAAUAGAGGCACCGGUCUACUAGCCGCCUACAGCACUGAUCAGCUGUAGUGCGGCCCUUUGAAGCGCCACGGCAGUCAUUUAAGGCCGUUUGCAGCUAUAUCACCACUGAGAGCUUCAGGGACAGAGAAGAGGAACAGCGGUAGAGGGGGGGUCAGGGAUUUUUGCUACCGGUUCUCCAAACUACCUGCCCCCAUCGCUACCGGAUCAUGUGAUCCGGUCCGAACCGGGAGCAUUUCAUACCUGGAGUGUAUAGUUCUGUUCAAUAGACUUUUAAUUCACCACCAUUUGAAAAACCUUAGCCAACAGAGAAUAAAGUUUUUUUAAAUACUAUUACUGCUUUGUGUUCUGUCCUCCUCGCCUCCGUCUGAACGAUGGCUUAAUUAGCCGGCUCUUAUCAGCUUUGGCAGCAAAAGAGCCAGUGUCUGCCAAGAGCCCUCGUUAGCUGCCAAGAUGCUGGUGAGUCACAACCUUCAGCUCUAGUCAAUCAGUGGAUUUGCCUGAUACAAAGAGACACACCAGCUCUUGCUGCCUUUUAUAUCCUGUGGGGUGUGGCUCCAUGACUCAGCACUUCUUAGGCCUGCCCCUCCCCUGCUUCUGUUGUUCCCUUCUCUCCUGCCUACGAAACCUAGGAUUCAACCACGCCUGAUUGCUGUCAGCUGGGUCUGCAGGUGUGGCCUGGGGGUGGGGGAAGAGUCGGGAUGGAAGCCUCAUUAGUUCUUCCACCUGGCCUGCUUCUGGCUCCUGGAGCUGAGCCAGGGAGGCCGGUGCUUCCGAGGUAAGUCCUGAUGGCCCUUCCCCCUCACUGUCCAAGUCACUUUCUGGCAGCAGGUCUGGCUCCAAGUCACUUUUUGGCAGCAGGCCCGGCUCCAAGUCACUUUCUGGCAGCAGGUCCGGCUCCAAGUCACUUUUUGGCAGCAGGCCCGGCUCCAAGGCACUUUCGGGCAUGGGGCCAGGUUCGGGGGCUGGAGCCACAACACCUUGGAAGUGAUACACUAAUAUUUUUAAUGAAGAAUAAAAGUCUCAAAGCAGUUGAAGACUUGAGAGUAUGAGGUAGGCUGCCCCUG